GCGGCGCAGCGCAGGCCCGGGCCCGGAGAUGAGGCCAGGAUGUCGGUGUCAGGGCUCAAGGCCGAGCUGAAGUUCCUCGAGUCCAUCUUCGACAAGGACCACGAGCGCUUCCGCAUCGUCUCCUGGAAGCUGGACGAGCUCCACUGCCAGUUCGUGCUGCUGCCGCCGCCGCCGGGCGCCGGCCCGCAGCCGCCGCCGCCGCUCACCAUCCACUGCAACAUCACGGAAUCUUACCCAUCUUCGUCACCAAUAUGGUUUGUAGAAUCAGAUGACCCAAACCUGACUUCAGUCUUGGAGCGUUUAGAAGAUAUUAAGAAGAGCAAUACUCUGCUUCUUCAACAGCUGAAGCGAUUAAUAUGUGACCUCUGCAGAUUAUAUAAUCUUCCUCAGCAUCCAGAUGUUGAAAUGUUAGAUCAGCCAUUGCCAGCUGGACAGAAUGGAACAACAGAAGAAGUUACAUCAGAAGAGGAGGAAGAAGAAGAUAUGGGUGAAGACAUUGAGGAUCUGGAUCACUAUGAUAUGAAGGAGGAGGAACCAGUUGAUGGGAAGAAAUCUGAGGAUGAAGGCAUUGAAAAAGAGAACCUUGCAAUCUUAGAAAAAAUCAGAAAAAAUCAAAGGCAAGAUCACUUAAAUGGUGCAGUCUCUGGGUCAGUUCAGGCUUCAGAUCGACUUAUGAAAGAACUCAGGGAUAUAUAUAGAUCACAGAGUUAUAAAACAGGGAUUUAUUCAGUGGAACUGGUAAAUGACAGCUUAUAUGAGUGGCACGUUAAGCUUUUAAAGGUUGAUCCUGACAGCCCAUUGCAUAGUGAUCUUCAGGUCUUAAAAGAAAAAGAAGGUGUAGAAUACAUCUUACUCAACUUCUCUUUUAAGGAUAACUUCCCCUUUGAUCCUCCCUUUGUGCGAGUGGUAUCUCCUGUGCUCACAGGAGGGUAUGUUCUAGGUGGAGGUGCAUUAUGCAUGGAACUUCUUACUAAACAGGGCUGGAGCAGUGCCUAUUCAAUAGAGUCAGUCAUCAUGCAGAUCAAUGCCACUUUAGUCAAAGGAAAAGCCAGAGUACAGUUUGGAGCCAACAAGAAUCAAUAUAAUCUAGCAAGAGCACAGCAGUCCUAUAAGUCACUAGUACAAAUACAUGAGAAAAAUGGCUGGUACACUCCUCCAAAGGAAGAUGGUUAAUAUUGAGGACUCUUGUAUACCUGGACCAACAUCAACAAACUGAGCUCUUUUUUAUGUUUUCCAACACACACAGACUCAAGCUAUGAGUGCCCCUAUAACAGCCGUACUGAAGACUUUAGCUAUUAGAUAAGUUAGUGGAUAAUCUGUCAACUGACACUUAAAGUAACAGCCUUACCAUUCCGCUCUUCUUAGAUAUCUUGGACUGAGCAGUUUUGGCCUUUACUGUAUUUGUUCUUAUGGAUUAAGCAUAUUUGGGCCAACCCUUUCCUUACCCCUUUUUUUAUUUAAAAGUGUAAACUUCCUAAAGCAGGCUAUCAAGUUACUAAAGAUCAUUAAAUAGGAGUUGUUCACACACUUUUGUGUAUUUCUUACCUUUUGCAGGAUGCAGACUGCAGAAACUUGGGUUGUAUUAUUUCAUUUAAAAGCCAAGAACUUUAAUACGUUGUUUAAUAUUGUUUUAGGAAUUGUCAGGUCUUUCAAAUCACGGUAGUUUUUCUGGUCUAAAAUGACAGCAUUUGUAGUAUUUCCAAAUUAAUGAUAUAGGAAAAACACUUGUACGUUAAGUCAUUAAACAUUUUUUCAUGGCUGUAUGAGAAUAUGAACAGUUUCUUGGAGAAGAUGCUCUUUGUUUAGAUUUUUUGCUUUUGUUUUGUUUUUAAGCAGAGCAAGGCUGUGCCAAUGAAACCUUGUAACUAGUCACUUCCACUGGGGCAUCAGAACUUGCUGGGCUGUUCCUGCUACUUGUUGGCUCAACCUACUUAACAAGAGCCACAGUAUGAAGCUUGAAGUUAUUUAAAAUACUAAAACCCUUUUUAGGUGUUCCAUUUUUAUUAACGGGUUGUUGCAAUCAUUUGUAAACUAAUGAACUUAUAAAGUGAUUGGCACAAAUUGAGAUGAAAGUCCUUGAAUGAAAAGUUUUAUAUAAAAGCUACGAUAAAGUACAAAAAUACAUCACCUGAUUCAGAGAUUUAAGAAACGUUGCCAUAGUCAUGAGGAGUGGUUUUGUUAUUGAGAGACUAAUGGGAACUGUGCUUUCUUUAUUAGGAAAUAAUCUGGGUCUGUGUAAUUACACUAUUUCAUUGCCUUACCUAAAUCGGUUCUAUUUUGGUUGUAGUACUAGUCAUUAGGCCUUUGCACCCCUCUGGGGUUGAAUUAAGGGUGUGUACCAUGGAUUAAGCACUUUUAGAAGCCCAGAAGCAUGUUUUUGUUAGUUUUUUUUUUUUUUUUUUCAGUUGACUAUCAAAUUUGUGCUCUUUUCUCUUAUCAGGCACCCAUGGGUCCUUGUGCGUUCGCUUCUAGAUCCAGUUUUUAGCUUGAAAGAGAAAUCAGAGAGAUCUGGCACUGCUUCCGAUACGUGUUGUUUGCGAUGCCCUCCGCGGAGGCAGCGCGGGUGAUCCCCAGCCUUCCUGCUUGCUCGGUUGUACGUGUCGUGUUUGUACGAAACCCGGGCGCCGAGGCAGCGCUCCGCAGGCGCUGCAGGCCUUAAAGCCGGAGGCUCCUCGGACCGCUGAAAGCAGCCCGGUCUCUGUGGCGCCCGGCCGGGCGCGCCGCACGCCUUGGGUUCCGCUCCCUCCUUUUAUUUUCCCUUUUUCCUCUUUUUUUUUUUCUUUUUUCCCCCCCUCUUUCAUUGCAGAAUUACUUGGCAAUGUACAGUAAUUUGUAAACUUGCAUCAAGUUUAUGAAUAAAAACCAUUUUAAGAAUG